AUGAAGUUAUUUCGAUCGCCAUCGACGAAACAGGCUGCCGCGGACUCGUCAUCGUCGUCUGCGCAAUCGCAAUCAAAUAGUCAAAAGAGUCCAAGACGUAGGAACUUUCGCUUUCUACGAUCUGUAGAUCAAAAGCGACGGGAGAGUGUUUCCACACAAAAGAGGGCUCGAGCACACGCCAAAGAACUGGCCAUGGCGUACAACCUUGGACCAGCGAGCGACACACCCAAUUCGACAACCUCUUCGAAUGUCAAUCUUUUGAGUCGGGCAGACGUUGCUACGCCAUCUCCGAGAGCGCAGCAAGAUGACUUUUUUGAUCCCUUUGGAAAUGGAGCUCCACAGCAGCAGCAGCAGCAGCAACACAAUAGCGAUCCGUUUGCCAAUGCAUCUGUCGAAGAAGACUUGUUUGCAAUCCACAGGCCACCUGAAAUCAAAUCGUCCUUGGACCAACAUUUUGCCGAAGGACCGAACGAUUUUAGAUCCAAGGAACCAACUGCUUCGACUAUUGAUUCUUUUGAUCAUUCCAGUAUUGGCUCUGACUUGGACCUAUUUGCCAACAGCAACAAUAACAAUAGCAAUGGGAAACCUGCCAAACUAGAUGAUUUCAUGGGGCGACAACAGCAGCGGGGACGCAAUGUGGUGGCCAAUCCAGGUGGGAUCAAUGCCAUUGCACGUCGGAAAAUGCGCAGUCAAUCCCACAAGCGACAAGUCAGUGAUUCCAAUACCUCGGUCGCAUCCAACACGUCACAAGAGGAACAACAUCACCACCAACAACAAUAUUCGUCACCUCCAGCUUCGCCACGAGGUAUCCAAAGAGCAGCUAUACAAAAUCGGAAAGCAUCCUAUGGUGGAAAGCAUGGAAUGUCUUCUGGGGGAUCUGUAGCGGGUGGAUCAGUGGCUGGUUCCGUCAUGACCACUACUACCUUUCAAUCCCAAUCUUCCUUCAUGUCCAGCGGCUCUGUCGCCGAAGGAGACCCCAAUUUGUGGGAUUCCAAUCGGGAUGGUGGAUUCACCUUUGAUGCCUUUGGAUUAGAUGAAUCGCAAGUACAACAAGAUGUCGAUAAUGCGGUCCAAGAAUUGGUCACGCAAGGACACAGAGGAUUUUCAUUCUUUCAAAAUGAUGGUGCUGGUAGCGACAACGACUCGGAAUUUCAAGCUGGGCCAUGGGAUUCGCCCAAUACGUCACGAAUGUCCAUUGCCAGUGUUUCCAGCGACACGGACGGCUUUGAUGACGGAUUCCGAACACAACCACAACAUGGUGGUGGCAGACCUCGUUCUCCAACACCGCCCAUGAGAGGGCAGACUCCGCCACGAUGGGAAAAGAAUAGGAAGGGGAGCAAUACGCGAGGAGCUGGAUUUGCCGACUUUGACAAUCCAUGGAAGCACGACUCUUCCUUUGGUGGAUCAGCCUCCAAACCACCUGCAGCAGGAUCCGAGAUUGGAGGAUCUUCGUCCGUCUUUGGUGGAACCAAGUCGGAAUUCAUGCCAUCCUCGUCUUCUCCCUUUCAAGCAGGCGGCAACUUUACAAGUUCUCUAUUUGCGUCCAAUGCAUCGGAUCAAGGGGGAAGUGGGCCUGGUUACUUGGGGAGACUGAAAACAAAACGACCCGAUGGCGAUACGGAUGACGAAAUGCAAGAUGACUUGGCCAAGGAGUUUGCCCAAGAGUUUGUCAAGCGCAUUUCCCCACGACACAAUGUUGCCAGUCCCACCAGUGAGCGAUCCUUUGGAGAUUUCAGCGAACAGUCCAGUUAUACGGAAUAUGACGAUGAUCAUUCCGAAUUUGACGAACAACAACAACAACAUGAUGUUCCUCCUACCACACGAGCGGCUCCAAAAUCCAAGUUUGGAAAUUUUCGGGAUCGGUAUGAAUCCUCCAAGGUCGAAGUGGCAGCCCCGUCAACUCCAGGACAAUCCUAUCGAACGCUUGCGGCGCAAAAGGAACAGCAGGGGACUACCGAUCAAGGCGGAAAACCAUCGUAUGGUUCCUUGCGAUCCUCCUACAAUGCAGCCAAAGCCACUACGUCAGGAGCUUCGGAGGAAAAGAAGGAGGACGAGGAUGGCGCAUCAUCGGCUGCGGGAACAUCCAAACGAGGAACUCUAAAAGCCAAGUGGCAAAAAUUUGAAAACAAGUCACGACCACCAGUGACAACAACUCGACCACCAGUGGAUGAUGAUGAAGUAUCGGUGCGAGCGCUGUCUUCUGAUACUCCAAGACAUGCUGGGCGUUCGAGCCAAGGGUUUGGCCGCAAAUCGGACAUUAAUAAGAGUGCAUUCAGUCGUCUUCGGGAAGAGUCUUUUUCGCAUUCGGAACCACCCACUCCAUCUCUCCAAAAUGUAACCUUGCGUCGAACGCCAUCCAGGUCGAAGCUUGAGGACUUGAUGGACGAUGAGAGUGUCAUGCAAAACGCAGCGACACCCUCUCCUUCUACUACUUCCAGACCAGUCUCUUAUCGACAACAGUCCUCUGCGGAUUCUGGACACAGCCGACCGACCACUCCGGUUGCCGGCGAGGAUGAACCACCAGUGGAGCGAAAAUUGACCUACCGAGAAAAAAGAGAAUUGGAAUUGAGAAAAGAGGCCGAACAACAAGCCAAAUCACAACAAGUACAAAAGCAAGAUACUCCAAAGAAGGAUGUCGCAGCCAUGAUUCGCCGACGUAUAGCAGCCAACAAGGCAAAGGCAGCCCAAGAGGCAAAGCAACAGAACAAUGAAGUUGCCGACUUUCGAAGUCGACUCAAGCCAACGAAAUCCAGCUCUCCCGAAAAGCCUGCCGAGGAAUCUACUACUAGUACUACAGUCUCACCCGAAAAGGAAGCACAAGCACAAGCACAAAUACCGGCUAUACCGGAGCAAGCAGAACAAGACCUACCGCCGAGACCAAGCAUUGGAAGUCCAAGCCCGUUGAAUGAAUUCAUGCAACAAGGCAACAGUCAAAAGAAGGGCAGUUUACUGGAUCACGAGACUGUGGUUUCAUUGCAAGCUGAAAAUGCAGAUUUGGUUGCCAGACUAAAGGCUUUGGAACAAAAGCUGGCUGAACAGGAUUCUCCAGCAGCAGAUAAAUCGGGAGCUCCAUCUAUUGAUACGGACUCUGCACAAGAUCAGCACAAAAUGCUUGGCGGUAUGCUUGCAAAGCGACUAUCACCGACUGCCAAGGCAUCCUCAUCGAAUGGUCCAGUCGAUACCAAGAAGGUCCUUGGAAACAUGCUGGCUGCUCGAGGUGCUCCGGCUUGUGAGUCGGAUGGCCCACAAGAUCCAAAGAAAAUGCUGGGAGCCAUGUUGGCAGGUAGAGCAGCGCCUGCUGCUAGCUCGGAUGCUCCACAAGAUCCAAAGAAAAUGCUAGGGGCCAUGUUAGCAGGUCGAGCAGCGCCUCAUGGUGCUAGCUCGAGUGCUCCACAGGAUCCAAAGAAAAUGCUAGGGGCCAUGUUGGCAGGUCGAGCAGCGCCACCAGGAGGAGAUUCUGCCGCUCCACAGGAUCCAAAGAAGAUGUUGGGAGGUUUGCUUGCAAAACGCGCUGGUCUGCCACCGCCGCCAAAAGAAGGUGGAGCGGAAGCUGCUGAUGCUCCCAGUGGGCGACCUGCAUUGAAGAAUGAUCCAAAGUAUGAAAAGUACUUUAAGAUGAUGAAGGUUGGUAUGCCAAAGGAAAUGGUCAAGCACGCGAUGCAACGAGAUGGGUUGGAUCCUGACAUUCUGGAUGCGGAUCCAAAUCAACCAGCAGGCUUACCGCUGAAGGAAGACCCCAAAUAUCAAAAGUACUUUAAGAUGUUGAAGAUUGGUAUCCCAAUGGGCCAGGUGAAGCAUUCUAUUGAGCGCGAUGGAUUGAAUCCCGACGUUAUGGACCAGGAUCACAACUUGCCAGCUUCCGCCGCUGAGAAGAAAUUGAAGAAGAAGAAGAUUCCGAAGAUCAAGGACACCCAUCGACGAGCAAGACUCCACUGGAACACUAUGACCAAGGUCGUGCGUGGCUCAAUCUGGGGGAAGAUUCAAACGGAUGACACAUUAUCAUGCAUUGACAUUGACGAAGACGAAUUUAAGGACCUGUUCCAGGCAGAAAUUGGACAAAAGGACGAAACACCAAAGAUGGACAAGGUUGCAAAGAAAGGACCCGCUGUUCGUGUCAUUGAUGCCAAACGUGCAAACAAUGGUGGGAUUAUCUUGGCCCGUAUCAAGAUGAGUCAUGACGAAAUGGCAGAAGCUGUUGAUCGAAUGGACUCGUCGUCGUUUUCAUCUAGCCAAAUUGAGAGCAUCAUUGAAUACCUGCCCACAAAGGACGAGCGCGAUUCUUUGGAGCAAUACAUGAUUGAUGGUGGACAAGAUGCAGCCGCAAAGUUCAACGGAUUGUGUGAAUGCGAAAAGUUCAUGGUGUCAAUGAUGACUGUGAAACACGCCAAGAGAAAAAUAAAUGCCUUACUGUUCAAGCUACAGUUUGACAACUGUCUCGAAUCGAUUACUGUUGAUGCGGACAUGAUUGACCACGCUUGCGAAGAAUUGAAGAACUCCAGUCGACUUCGUCAACUUCUUGGAAUUGUUUUGCAGUUUGGAAACCGACUGAACACUGCUGGUUCUGGUGAGAAAAACAAGGCAGGUGCAUUUACUUUGGAUUCCCUUCUGAAGUUAAAUCAAGCCAAGGCGUUUGACAAGAAAACGACAUUUUUGCACUAUAUCGUGUUGAUUGUACAACGAAACAAUGAGUUGCUAUUGACUUUUGACGAUGAUAUCCAGGGUGUUCUGAAGGCUGAGCGAGUAUACUGGGACCAAUGUGUCUCGGAUCUGGAGGAUGUUGAAAACCAACUUGAAAAUGUUCGUAGAAUCUCUCUCCACGAAGCGAAGAAAAAAGCAGGCCACCGAACUCCGAAGAAAAAGGAUGACGACGACGACAGCAUUAUUGACGACAAGGCCAUGUCACUUGAGGAAGAAGUUGCAGCUCUUCGUUCUACGCAAACUGGACUGUUCACACUCAGUGCAAUCAAGCAAGUUUCCACUCUUCGGGACAAGGUCGAUAAAACUGUGGUCAAGUUUGACAAGUUGCUUGAAUACUUUGGUGAACACGAAUCCGGCUCAAAGAAGCAGCCACACGAACUCUUUGCGAUUUUCUCCAAGUUCGCUCGUGACUUCAAAAAAGCGCGGGAGGAAGUUGCGAGACAGCAGAAGAAGAAACAGCGUGAAGAAAGGAAGAAGCAGAAGGCAAUGGGAAACAACCCCUCCAAACCAAACCAUGUCGGAAAUGACAACAGAAGUAUUCCCCGAACACACCGUACCGAAAGCGUCUCUCAAGCUGCAGCCGCAGCCGCAGCCAACCGAACAACGGGUGAGAGGUCUUCGACAAUUCCAGAUGCGAAAUCUUCGGCAAAGGCGAGCUUCAGGGACCAAGCACGUCACUCUCGAUUGCGACAGGUACAAACCAAUGUCACAAGUCACAACAGUGGAACAUCAUCACAGCCUCUUGCUUCCAACCGUAAUACAGAGUCUGUUCCUUCCAAUCGCCCCCCACCACUGGCACCAUCUCCGUCGGACGAAGGGUACAAUCCAGCAGGAACACCAUCCGCAAAACCACCAAUGUCUUCAACAACGACACCAACAGGAUCACGUAACCUCAUGCGAAAUCGUCGACGCCUCAUGGAAGAGAGAAAGAAACGGUCGACACCAACAGAUACAUCUUCUCCAUGGCGUUCUCCUCAAACGGCAUCUUAA